AUGUCACCAUCGUCGAAGUCCGUACCAAUUCCCAUACACAGGUCAGCAUCGCACACUCCAUCAAUGAUGGUCAACGCAAAGAAGUAUUUGUCCGAUAGACCACAGCUUCUUGAUUGUCCGAGGUGUAAAAAUCACGGCGAAACAGAGUUGCACUUUGUCAACGGGUUUUUCACCUAUGUCGCAUUUCUCGUCAUCUUAAUCGCCGGAAUUUUCAUCCUACCACUAUUCUUCCUAUGGGUUCCAUUCUGUGUGGAAACGUUUAAAGAUGUCGAACACCACUGUUCCUCCUGUCACGCAUGGAUCGGUACCUACAGACGUCUCGGAAAAAGCACUUAA